AUGCCUUCAUCAAAGCACGUCGCGCACUUGCCACUUAUUGCGCCGAAAGAUGAUGUUGUUAAAUCGGCGGAGUCGGGGGUUAAGCUUGCGAACAGGGACGAGCAGAAGGUGAAAAUGCCUGUUCGAGUCCGCCUGCCGCCUAGAUCGAGGACUGGCUGCUGGACCUGUAGAGUGAUAAAAUGUGACGAAGGACAUCCUACCUGUGGUCAAUGCUCAAGACUCGGACAUGAGUGCGAUUAUAGCCCAAGGCUAGCGUUUCGGGACGAUACAUCCAGAAUCAAACAGCGGAUGCAAGCAGUUUCCACUGCUGGAAAUGCAGUCUGGGAUCCAAAAUCACCAACUCUGACCGCGAGUAGCCCCAACUCGUCCAUAGGAGGAGAUACGCUGCCCCCGUUCGCGUGCUUAACCUCAGACUUGGAGAGAGAAAUGAAAGCAGAGGCUUAUUCUCCCGGUACCUAUCAUGUUAUUGUGAAUCCGGAGAGUUUCUCGGCUUUGCCUGAAUAUUCCGACACCACAGAUAACACGUCUAUGUCGAGUUCUUCUGGGUCUGAUAAGGAUGAUACCCUCAAGGCUAGGAAUGGGAAGAGAAACAGAAGACACAAUAGGCAUAAUUCUUCGUUAACAGAAACGGGUGACCCGAAUGUAGUGAUUCUCUCGAAAUUCGAAGAUUCCAUACCAAUCUCGUCGCCUGGCCACUGGAGAAGUAGCAUGAGGCCCUCACCAUCGAGGUCGAGUACAUCUGGUUCCAAGUCCUCGACUGAAUUGGUUGAUGAAGCUCCUAUCCGGGACUUUAUGGAAACAUUUAGUCAGUCUUAUAUAGAUACUACGGAACAGUAUGGGGAGGAUACGAGGCUACUUUUGCAUUUUAGGAGAGUGGUCUGGAGUCAUCUCGUGCAAACAGCUACUCGUUCUGAAUCCCCCCCCCACGGCGUUGGAAAUGCCCCUGGAGCAGAUAUCUUCGAGCAGGAGGCUGCCACUUUUCGUCCGUUAUUCCAUGCCAUGAUGGCCGUUUCUGCUUUAAGCUUGUCCCAUCAAGAGAAAGGCCAAAGUAUCGCUGCUCUACAGCACUAUCAGCAAACCCUACCUUUCCUACAAACCAGUAUGCGCAGCCAUCAGGAUCUCUCCUCGGAUGGAGUAUUCCUGACCCAUUUCUUACUUCUGAUUUACGAGAUAGCCGCAGCGGAACCAGGAGGAUCCAACCUCUGGUCCCAUCAUCUCGAGCGGCUGCUACGAAUAUUCCUAAUGCGAAACGAACUUUUCAAAACAGAGAAAUUUCCCUUUAUUAUCUGGUGGGUUUGCUCGAUUGAUUUAUAUGCGUUAUUUAGCGGCACUGGAACGGGAGAAUUCAUCGGAGCGGUCUUGGAAAACGACAUGAUCCCGCCUCCAACAUUCCACCUCUACCCGCUUGGCCCGGACGGGACAAGCAUCAUCUACCCUGAGGAAAGAGAUAUUCUUCCUACCGUCUUACAGAUUAACCAUGACAUCUUCGUCCUAGCAGCACGACUAGGCCUGCUGGCAUCGGAAUUCCGCUCCCAGAGCACCUACGCAAACGGAACAGCGAUGAAUACUACAAGUUCAAAUAGCUCUCAUGGAUUUCCGCCGCAAAUCCCCGCUGAUAGGGAAAAGCGCCUUUUCCGAAUCCAGCAAGCAUUUCGACAUUUAUGGGUCACUUCCAAUUUAUCCAUCCUGGAGCAACAAAUGGAUUUACUACCCAGUCGAUCGAAGGAGAUGCUUCAACAUUCCACAACCCUCUUCCACGCCAGUCUCAUCUACUCCUACACCAGCAUGUGGCCGGGCCAAUGCAUCGAAACCGGCGGCGGGCCCGCGCUCGAAAUCUCCCAACGUACCACUGCCGUCCUCCACGUAGCCUCCAGUAUCGUGCAUGCAGGCCGCUUCGAUUUGCGCUUCAUAGUCUUCCCGCUGUUCAUGGCGGGCGUGGCGUCCUCGUCCAGCUCGCAGAAAAUGCUCGCACUAGAUCUACUUUCUAGCAUUGAGGGGAAUGAAUCUGUGGGCCGCAAUGUGACGACGACGAGGCAUGUGCUGCAGAUUGUGUAUCAGAGGCAGACGGAGGGAUAUAUGCGCAAGGGGCAUGCGUUGGAUGUGGACUGGGUGGAGAUUAUGAUUGAGCAGGGAUUGCAGAUGGUGAAUUUUGGGCUAUGA